AUGAGAGGCUUCCUGCAGAAAGCCAAGUCCGAGUUCAAAAACCUGACCCAGAACGAUGCCGAGUCUAGUAGUUCACAUUACCAACACCAGACACAAUGUCCCCCUGCACAGCACUUCAAUGGAAAUGGAGCUGGUAAUCAUAAACAGGGUAUCACCGACCCCACCUCACUAGAUAUUCUCCGUUAUCGCUACCACCAUGGCACAAACCUCGGAUCUGUCUAUGUCAUUGAGCGCUGGCUCCAGCACUCUCGAUUCCCUGAAGGCGCAGAAGGCUCCAGUGAGCUUGCAGCAGUCAAGGCAUGGGUUGAAAGGAUUGGCAUCGAUGAGACGAGAAAGAAGUUUGAGGAGCAUUGGGCCAAUGUCGUUUCCGAAAAUGCCAUCGGAUGGCUAGCUAACGUAGCCAAAUGUACCACCGUCCGUUUACCCAUCGGUUACUACGACUUGCCCGGUGCAGUCUUCACACAGGGCACGCCCUUUGAGCCUUAUGCUGAAAUCUACACUGGAGCAUGGCAUAGCAUUCGCAAUCUCAUUCAAAGGUUACGUACGCGCUCGAUUGGAGUUCUGAUCGAUCUACAUGCCCUUCCAGGAGGAGCAAAUGCGCAGGAGCAUUCUGGGACAAAUAGUGGAUGUGCUGAACUUUGGGGCAAUCCUUUCAACCGCUCUCUAGGCGUUCGUUGUUGCCAGUUCAUUGCCGAAGACACAAAAUCUGGGGCUGAGAUUGCUGGAAUACAGCUCGUCAACGAGGCUGAGUGGGAGUGUGAACGCAUGUACGAGUGGUAUGAUGAGUGCAUAAGCGCUGUAUCUGCCAUUGAUCCUGAAAUGCCUGUCAUCAUAUCGGAUGGCUGGAAUUUCUCAAAAGCUAUUGAUUGGUGUCUCCAAAAGAACUCAACCUACUCCUACCCGCAGUGUCCAGUCGUCGUCGAUACGCACUAUUACUGGGCCUUUACAGACAACGACAAAGCCAAGUCGCCACAGCAAAUCAUUCAAGAGGCUGGUACCAAAAUGGGAGAGCUGGACGGUAAAGAAGGUGCAGUCCAUGAUCGCGGCGCUGUUCAAGCCAUUGUUGGCGAGUACUCAUGUGUCAUGACUGAAGACUCAUGGGCCAAGGGUGGUGAAGUACCAAAGGAAGAGCUAGUGAAACAAUUUGGUCAGGCACAAAGCAAGAGGUACCAGGAGAGAGCUGGUGGUAGCUUCUUCUGGACAUGGAAAAUGGACUGGAUGCCGGGCGGUGAAUGGGGGUUCAAAGCUAAAACAGAAGAUGGAAGUAUCGUACCGCCAAAUUACACCGCCAUGUCCGCCGAUCAGAGGCAUGAGACGAUUGAAAAGGCUCGACACGAAAGAGCAGGACUUUUUCACAACGCUUUCCAACAACACGUGGCUUAUUGGACCGGUGUAGAUCCAAAUGGCACCUAUGAACAUGAAAAGUACGAACACGGCUGGCAGGUUGGGUUUCAAGACGCGCUUGCAUUUUUCGAGGGGAGAGACACGCGUGGUGACAAAAUCGGCAUGCUCGAACUUUGGAUUCUGAAGCGUAUCAGAGAGAGCGGAUACAGGGGCGGCUUUACCUGGCUAUUUGAGCAGGGUUUGAGGAAAGGUGUGCAAGACUGCCAAUUCACGCUCGGCAUCUGA